AGCAGCUCGAUCAGUUCAAGUCGUUGGCGCGAUUUGUGUAGUAGCACAUGUGAGUCCGGUCGUCGUCUGUCUCCGAAGUCGUCUGCGUUUUCGAGGCGUAUUCAGUGUACGUGUGCUUCGUGCGUGCUUCCCAAGCUGUUUAAGGUCUUUAAGAAAAAUUGUCAGCGGUCAACGAUCAGCGAACAUCAACGACAAUCGGCGUAACAGGUUUAUGGAUGUACGUGACAUUUUUUUUCGGUCGUUUUUCAACUUUUAAUUUAGCCCCCUUGUCCUUCCGCUCUUCGCGGGCUUUGGGAUUGCUCUUGAGAAGCCGUUGGUUGGGACCUUCGUUACGGGCAGCAGAAGUCUGUCAGUUAGACAGUGGUAAAUACGGUUGCAGCUUCCCUUCAGUGAGAUGAUUUAUCGCAUGGUUGGAGAUUCCAACCGAAGAGAGAACGACGUGGAUGACAACGGUGCUGCUUUUGAGGUCCGAAGCUUUGGGUCCAGUGUUGAAGCAACGACGGGGAAUGUGCAGCAGAGUAUACGCUAAGUGCUAAGUGGAAAAGUGGGACCAAGCUGUCCCUAGUUUAAUUCAAAGGGGGAGUGACCAUUGUACGUGAGAGUGAGAAAUAAUAGUGAUUAUGCCAAGAAUCGUUAAACUUUUUGCGCACUACGAAUGAAUGGAUACGAAGCUGAUUCUUCAGUGGUGUUUCUGAAUGAGUGGGUGAUCGAGUGCUGCCGAGGAAGACCAACCACGCCGCCGCCGGUACACUUUAGUAGCGAUCGAAAUACGAUCGAAGCGCGGCGCGCCGGAGUUUGAACCGUGGAGAGAGCGUGUUUCGGGGAGUGCACAUAACUGCAUGCUGGAGCGAGCGUGUCUUCUCCUGGGAUCUUUGAAUGUGCUCUGGAUUUGGUUCGGAGCGGCGAUCGUUCCGAGUGACGGUUCAGUGGAUGGGAUAUGACCAAAUAAUCGGUGCAGCGUGAAAAGUCAACUUGGAAGAGUUGGAAAAGUGCAGUGAAGUUUUACAACAGGAAGAGCCAAAGAAAUAAGAUGUAUGGCCUUUGAUUUGUGUUAUUACUCCGUGUGUAUUUGUCUGUGGUCGAGUUCGGAGUGUUUGGAAGGUGCCCAAGCAAGUGAAGGUUUAAAUCCAAGCUGUGAUUUGGGAGUGUGGCGAAAGGAGAAACGAAGUGAAGUGACUCCCCAAGGGGAUUGGGGAAACGAUAUUUUAUAAACAAAAAGCUUCGCGCGAAAGAAGAGUCCGAUAUACUACCGAAGAGAAGCGAUACGUUGCAUAGUGUACUAUUUUGGGAGAAAAAACGGAUGCAAUUCAGUCGUGGUCAUACGGUUUAUGCAGAAUACGCUAUAUCAAACAAAAACAACAAGACAUCAAGUAGUACCCAUCACUUUCCUGUAAAAUAUUGAUUAUGCAUAAGUCAUCCUAAGGUUCCCUAUCAACGGAUUUUAAAUAAGGGAUUCCGCCGCCACGGCACCACCCAGUCGCACCAAUGUCGUACCCAUACCAAAAACCAUCAUCCUUCGAGUACGACCAGCUGAACCGGGUGCCGUUGAGUCCCCAUCACCACCAGCAGUCUCCCUACCCCAAACCUCCCCUCCAGCAUCCCUCGGCAUCUCCGAUCCACCAUCAACCGCCACCCCCUCAGCAUUCCCCAUCGGUGGGUGACUUCCUGCCACCACUGCAACCGCAGCCCCAUCAGGAUGCCGCCGGAGGAUCGCGAUCAAUUUAUAGUGCCCACGCCCUAUCCCAGGCGGCAACCAAUCUUCAUCCCCAGCAUCUGCAGCAUCUUCAGCAUGGCCCAUUCAGCCAGCAGCCUCCACCACCGCCAAUGGGAUCGUCGCCAUCACCUGCACUGUAUCAUCAUUCACCUCGGGGCGCACCGGGACCAGGCCAUCAUCAGCAGACAUUUCCGCCGAAUUUCCCUCCCAAUAUGCACCACCAGCAGCAGCAGCAUCACCAACAAGGAGGCGGAGGAGGUGGACCCGGGGGAGGGGGAGGCGGUGGCCACAAUUAUUCCCAGUCCGACGAUGACAGCGGCUGCGCACUAGAGGAAUACACCUGGGUUCCACCCGGACUGCGACCGGAUCAGGUACACCUGUACUUCUCGGCCAUCCCCGAAGAUAAGGUCCCGUACGUCAACAGCAUCGGGGAGCGACACCGGGUCCGUCAGUUACUUCAGCAGCUUCCACCCCACGAUAAUGAGGUGCGAUACUGCCAUUCACUGACCGAUGAAGAGCGCAAAGAGCUGAAACUCUUCUCGGCCCAAAGGAAGCGGGAGGCCCUCGGCAGGGGAACCGUGAAGCAGCUCGCCACGAAUCAGAUUUGCGACGGGUGUGGCGAAUGCAUUUCUUCCGGUGACAUGGGAGUGUACGCGUCUCGGUUCGAUCCGGGAACGUGCUGGCACCCGGCCUGUUUCGUGUGCAGCGUCUGCAAGGAACUGCUGGUGGAUUUGAUCUAUUUCCAUCGAGAGGCCCGGCUAUACUGCGGAAGACACCAUGCGGAGACCCUGAAGCCACGCUGCUCGGCAUGUGAUGAGAUCAUACUCGCGGACGAAUGCACGGAAGCCGAGGGACGAGCGUGGCAUAUCAAGCAUUUCGCCUGUUUCGAGUGCGACAAGCAGCUGGGUGGUCAACGGUACAUAAUGCGCGACGGAAAGCCGUACUGCUUGCACUGUUUCGACGCUAUGUUUGCCGAGUACUGUGACUUCUGCAGCGAACCAAUCGGCGUAGAUCAGGGUCAAAUGAGCCACGAUGGUCAGCAUUGGCACGCGACAGACAGUUGUUUCGCCUGCAGUACCUGUCGAUGUUCGCUGCUUGGACGGCCAUUCUUGCCACGAAGGGGUGAGAUUUAUUGCUCGAUAGCUUGCAGCAAAGGUGAGCCACCUACGCCUUCCGAUGGAUCAGUGCCAACCGUUUUGCCCUCACGAACACGCCUUCGGGCACCCGGUCAACGUAACUUCGAUGACCCUUCGGCGGAAUACGUACCUAAUUUGCCAAAGUCACCCGAACCGCUGCAGAGUCCCAUCAGUGAACGAAGCACUCCUCACUCCAGCCCUGCCAAACACUCGCACACGGAGAUGUCCACCAACAUUUCCAGUCCCGUCCCCACGGAAUUCAACGAUCAAACAUAUUCCGUCUCCGCUGACAACGAUGUACAAACUUACACCGGCAGUGGCGCUACCUCACCCAUAUCCUCCAGAACUCUGCCCUGCACGGAACCCAGUGAUCAAACUGACCACCAGCAUCAAUCCCUUCCUCCACUGCUUCCUAACCAUCGUCGAAUCCCUCAGUGUUCCCCUGAACUGGAUCGACUCCUGCACAAAGAUCGAAGUCGACAACCGCUGGACCUCACCGACCUCAGCCUGAGCCUGGACAAUUGGCAGGCGGAUCACAACUCGACCGUUAUCCCAGGACCCAGUAUAGCCAAAACCAACCCAGCUCUUACCUCUUCCAUGCCGGAGUUGAGUCAAUCGCUUCAACAACAGCAGCAGCAACAACAGCAACCACAAUCACUACUAGCUUACGAUGAUAUUAGCCCGUUGGACAAAGCAAGUGCAAUAACCGAUCCCGAUGACGCCAUCCAGAACGCGUCGGACGAUGCGUCGCAUUCCAUAGUGGAGCUGCCGACGCCGCCACCGAUAGUCAUCAAGAAAGAGGUCCGCUUCGAGGGAAUCUUCCAGGACUCGCUGCCCCGCUCCAAGAGCUACUGCACCCGAUCCGGCGGGUCCCGAUCGCGAUCGUCCAAAUCCAAGCGGCGUUCUUCGCACCACCACCAGCAUCAUCGUUCAUCGGGAGAGAGCAGUAGCUAUAGCGGUACUAGCUACGAUCGACACCACCACUCGUCCUCGGGCAGCAGUAGCAGCAAUAGGAGAUCUCCGCGGCGGAGACGAGUCCCGGAUGUGGAGUUCAUCGAGCAUCAGGAUCACCACAGAGGUGACGGCGAUGACGAUUCCGAUAGCCGAAGCGUGUGUUCCACCUGUUCGUCGAGUUCGUCCAGCGCAGACGAUACGGUGUACGAGCUUCCGAUGAGGCGAACCUACGGCGGAACGAGGAUCCAUUAUAUGCCAAACAAUUCGCUUGCGUGCGCCCGAAAGCGGAAGCAACUGCAGAAUAGCCAUCCUUAUGAGAAAGACAAUAAGAACUGUAUCAUAUCGUGAGAGUGGGCGGAGAACCGUUGUGUUUGUGAAAUAUUUUAGAGUUAGGUUGUGUAUAUUUCGUCGACUGCCCCCCGUUUGUUCUCGGCGCAGUAUUUCAAUGUGAAUCGAAAAUAAUCGUUUGAAUCAAAAACAAACAUACAUUUAUAGUAGAGACCAGAAGCAUCGAAAGUUUGCAUGUAUUUUGACUAUUCAUUUUUUUUCGGGUUGAAAUUUUAGAUUUAGAUGGAUUGAAUAUUUAUUUGAAAGUUUUCAAAUUGAACAAGAAAUACUCUGACAGAACGUGGUAGAAACAAGUGAGAUUAACGUGUAUUCAUCGCAUAACGUACGAUUGUACUCGGUAGCCGGUACCGAAAGCUGAACCGUAUUCAAUGCUCAUAUCGUAGGUGUAAGAAUAUUUUUUAUACAUGUAGAGUUUGAUAGGAUUAAAAUUUUACCGAAAAGUUGAAAGUGGAGAAUCAUGAUGGUUUACUGUGUAGUAAGAUCGAUAUCACAUCAUUAUAAACUUACGAGCUAUACCAAUUGUGUGUAAUAAGUUAGGGAAAUGCUGUAUUCCUGUGUUAACUCCUUCAUAUAAAUUUUAUUUUUUAAUUUC